AUGAAGCUCAUCAUGAAGCUCUUCGGCUGCGGUUUCAACUCCUCCGAAUGCAAAGAGACGGUGGAGACAGUGGUGGUAAAAGCGCGGUUCUUGCAAAAGAAGAAACAAGAUGAGGUGGAGAAGAUGAAGAGUGACAUCGCAAGUCGCCUUCGGGCAGGCGAAGACCCCAUUGGCAGCCCUGCUCAUGUCCUGAUCAAACGGGUUAUAAGAGAGCAGAAUGUUUCCGUUGGGUACGAAUUCAUCGAGGCCUUCUGCGAUAUGGUUGGGGGCAGACUGUCGACCAUCAAAGAGGUGAGGGAAUGUCCAGAGAACUUGAAAGAAGGGAUAAGUAGUCUAGUGUUUGCAGCCAAAAAGUGCUCUCAUGAGAUUCCAGAACUGGUGACACUCAAGAAUAUUUUCAAGAAGAAAUAUGGAAAGACUUUUGUCUCCGCGGCUACGAACAUACGACCCAAUUGUGGUGUGGAUACCACGAUGAUAAAGAAGCUUGCUGAUACAAAUCCCCAAGGUGACGAAAAAAUGAAAAUUGUGCAAGAAAUAGCCGAUAAAUAUGGUAUUCAUGGAUCAUGGGUAGAGAUUGCAGGAAACAACUGCAAUGCUUUGGUCGAAGUAUAG